UUGUAACUCGCGUUAUCGUAACACUGAAAUCGAUUAUCGAUUAUACCCAGAAAUGAACUUUGAAUAUUUUUGAUGAUUAUAUAAAAUUAAUGCAAUACUUUCAAUUUGUGGCAUCAUUAGUCGAUUCUAUUGAAUUAUUGUAUUUGUGGUUACUGAAUUACAGGUGUUCAAUUUCAUAUAGUAAAAAUUUCAAGUGAAAAAGAAAAAAAAAUUAUUCUCGACAUAUUCAGGGUAUUGAACCUAAAUCGAUUUUUGGAAGCGUGCACUGAUGCAAACUUGUGCAAAUCCGAUAUCUGUGUGUCUACGAAUGUUUGGUAUAAAAUAAUUAAAGAAAGUAAAAUUUGACCAGUUAGAUUAUAAAAAUGAUAGACCUUCGCAAUGAGAGUGCAACAAAUAAUGCAAAAUAUGGUAAUUUAAACAUACCAGUUACGUCUCAACAAGGGUUAGCACCGCUUAGUCCUUAUUUAAACUUUGAUCCGGCGUACCUUCCUCCUAGCCAGCCAGAAUACAUAUUUCCAGAAGGUGCUGCAAAGCAAAGAGGUCGUUUUGAGUUGGCUUUCAGUCAAAUUGGUGCAGCAUGCAUAAUAGGAGCUGGUAUCGGUGGUGCAACUGGUUUAUAUAGAGGCAUUAAAGCAACAGCUUUAGCUGGUCAAACUGGCAAACUUAGAAGAACUCAAUUAAUUAAUCAUGUUAUGAAAAGUGGCUCUUCAUUAGCAAAUACGUUCGGAAUAGUAUCCGUAAUGUAUAGCGGGUUUGGCGUACUUUUAUCUUGGGCCAGAGGGACGGAUGAUUCCGUGAAUACUCUAGUAGCAGCAACAGGAACGGGCAUGUUAUUUAAAUCUACAACUGGUUUAAAAAAGUGUGCAUUAGGUGGUUGCAUAGGACUAGGAAUAGCAUCAUUGUAUUGUUUAUGGAAUAAUCGGGAAGCCUUAUUCGAAUUGAGACGUCGUAAUAUUAACCCAGCAUAGGAAUAUAUGAAAGUGAUGAAAUCAAUAGGAGAUUUCAAGGUAUUAGAAACUUACAACGAGCUCGAUUUGUUUAUGUUAUAUAGAAAAUCUCGUUGGAAAAUUCUCUAGAAUAAAGGAAAAAAGAAUGAAAUGAAAAAUUUAUCAAAAUGAGGAGAAUCAGUCUGCAAUAUAAAUAAAACUAAUUGUACAAUAUUAUUGUUACGUGUGUUUCCUCUGGGGAUUAAGUUAGGAAUUAUUUCAUGUUGAUUGUUAGUUUAACGUUUCAAGGUACAGUGAAGAAGAGUAAAAACAGCAUGUACAGUUUGUAACACCUGGAUUAUUAUUGUGCCAGUAACGGGGGCGAUAAUCUUAUCAAAGUUUAUCUUUCUGCUGUUGAUUACACUUGCCUUUUACGUUGAUCGGGCAAGUUUUGAUCCGUUAUAUUGCGGACAAAAGGGCGGACAAACAAAAUGAAAGAAAAAGUGGGGAAAAAAGAAAACACAAAAAAAGGGGUUGCGAGUGUUAAAGUACUUUGUGUAACUAGCGAAUAAAGUCAAAAGUGGGUGUCAUCAUAGUGACCACAGCGUAGGUUCAAAAUAUACAUAAUAUGUGUAUGUACAUAUGUAUGUAUAAUAUAAUAUAACAUAUAAGUAUAUGUGCGUGCGUGUUUGUAGUUGUAAAAAUGGAAAAGUGUAACGGGAUAAAAUCGCAUCGAGUAAAUAUUUAUUCUUUGCUGUAUAGAAGAUUUUUGGCGUUCAUAGAUAUUGCAUCGACGAGCAUCAACAAAAAUCCACGGCUUAUUUGAACAAGAAACACGCAGUAUUCACACAGACGCGCAAACGUUCUUACGUGCCAAGGUUCCAGGAGUUAGUAGGAAAGUAACAUUUCGACAAAAAAUAUAUUUAGAAGAGUUUUCGAAACGAGUUGUCGGUUAAAAAAGCUGUUGUGCGUAAACUAAGACAUCUUAAAAUAAUAUUAUCGAACUGGUAAGGGAUAUUUAUUUAUCAUUUGACGAUUUUCUUCGAGGCAAGUAGAUGCGAAGCGAUGCGAAGCGAUGCGAUGCGAUGCGAUGCGAUGCGAUGCGAAAAUUGAUGGCUUGAUUUAUCCUAUAAAAGACGGAACAUUACAUAUCGAUCGUUUAGAUUGAAUAAUUUUCUUAAGCAAAAGAUUGCACGUACGAAAGCAGAAAAUCGAAAAGUAUUUUGUUUUUUAUAAUCGAUUAGGCAUUCCUUUUCCUCACUUGUUGAUUUAAUUUAUACGGUGCUAAAGUGGAUACGUUGGAUAACUAAUUCUCGUAAUAAAAAUUGGACAAUUUGUCGAGGAAUUAAUAAACUACAAAAAUAGUAGCUUGUGCAUACAUACAUAGAAGGAGAUAGAUAGAUAGAUAGAUAGAUGGAGGUAAAGAGUGUAGGUAGGUACGUACGAAGAAUGUUUAUCGAAACUGCGCGGCGCGGUGUGGCGCGGCCGUUCGAACUAACGAACAUAUACAUACGCAACGCUUUGUACAUCUUAUUUUUCGGAAUAUUGAAAUAUUCGUGACCGUUGCCUUCUGUUAACGCGAACGUUUGUUUCUUUCUCUUUCUUUCUCUUUCUUUCUCUUUCUUUCUCUGUUGCAAUUUGUCUCUGUCUUCGUAUACUUGCUUUUCUUAGCCGUUUGCUAAGUAGGCGCGUACGCGGGUUACUCCUCCGUAAAGGGUUGUAUCAGAUUCCUGUUUGUUCGCUUACGAGUGUAAAAGUUGUAAAAGUGUAUGUAGCUUAGAUAGGAAUAGGAUAAAUUCGAAAAUUGAUUUGAUCGGGUAGAAGAGCGUAAGCUGGAGUAACUGGUAUUUCUUCUUAUUGUUAGGUACAAUAGUUUUGGUGGAAAA